CAAGUCUCUAAGAGGUGUCAUGGAAACAAAGCAUUAGUGUAUUUCUGUCACUGUUUAAAAUCGCAUGUGAUGAGUAGGCGAAAAUGCUCCAGCCUCCAUCAUUUCAGCUAGAUGAGCCGUAGAUGAGAACUGGCCUUCGUGAUCCAGCCAUCUUCAUAUUCUCUGAAAGAUCUAGAGAAUUCUGAGGGCAGUAAAAUGAACAUGGAAGAAUUCAAUGCCCUGGAUGAUUUGAGUGGAAUGAUUCAAGAUAGUCCGCUACUAGAUGAUGAAGAUCCAUUCCUGAACGAUGAUUAUCACUCACUUCAAAUCAACAACAAGAAGUCCAAUUCCAAACCUAAGUAUGAUCCUGCAUGGAAAUUCAUGGGCUUGGGAAAAAGACCUCAUUCUCAUAGGAAAGAGAUUUCGACUUACGAUUCUUCUCACCAGUACGACCAGUCGGAAUCUUACGAGAGUAUGGUCCCUAAGGGCAUUGAUUAUUCGUUGGUUAAAAAUCCAGAAGAGAAGGCCAAUCCUUUAUUGACAUUCUCCACACUUAUCAACUUUGAAAUUGUCAAUGCCAUUAGGGAUGGAAUCGCUGAGGCCACAAAGAAAGCGAUGAAAAACUCGGAAGGUUCACCUGUCUCUAAAUUCUAUUCGGAUGUAGAUCAUGGCUCUGAGAGGUUGAGAAAUCCGGCCGGCAUGUAUGGCGGACGACAAAAAGCAAUGUAUGAUCCUGGAUGGAUGCUUACUGGACUUGGAAGAAGAUAAUCAUGAGCUUAAAAUAUUAUUUAUUGCUUUUUUUCACUUUGGUUUUAAUUAAUGCCAUUCGAUAACAAAAUUCGGCAUUAAAAUGAAUUACUCAGGAAUAAUUUCAGAUUUUUGUAACUGUAAGUUCGUUGCAAAUAAGGAGCCUAUCCAUGUAUUUAAUAAAAUGAAUGCCGUCAUGAUUUACGGUUAUUUAUAAAUACAUUUGGAGAGCAUGAAUAAAAUC